UGUAGGGGCAGUGGGUGGGGCUUCUAGAGCCUGCGCAAUGAGCAUCUGUCGCACACCUGCGAAGUCCGAGGGGCUCGGGGGCCCCGCUUCCCUCCACACCCGGUGCCGCAAAGGUGGAAUUCGUGUCCGGACCGGUCUGACUGGCCUCAUGCAGGCCGCCCCGGUCACGCUGGCUUCUGGGCCACCUCUGAUUUGAUCCCUCCCUCCCUGGGGGCUCCGUUGGGCACCAAAGACUGGGGGCGCAGGUCCUUGACCCACCCUACUGCCCUAAUCGCUCCGAGGGGUGAAGAUCACCAGUGCCAGGCCCAGACCCAAGUACUCACAUCCACUGUCAUCCCGUCACACACAGACACACACACACACAUACACACACACACACACGCACACACACACGGCGACCCUGUGUGGCAGGUGCUACCUGCCAACUUACAGAUGAAAGUGGGAGACGCUGGUGGGGUGGGGAGCUGGUGGUGGUCCCUGAGCGCGCCAAGAGAAGCUGCAUUUUCAGAAAUGAGCUACAAACAACACUUGCGAACGAAGCCCCUGUCGUCGCCAAUUGUAAGGCACUGGGACCCGGCCCACAGGACGAGAGGGGACGCCGCUGCCAUCAGCACUGCAGGCUGGGCCAUGGACCCACAUGAGAUGGUCGUCAAGAACCCGUAUGCUCAUGUCAGCAUCCCUCGGGCUCACCUGCGGCCUGAUCUGGGGCAGCGCCUGGAGACGGCUCCUCCUUCCUUGGGGUCCCAGCCUCUGCCUGUGGGAUCCUGCACCUCGGAGCCCACCGGGCUCCUGCAGCCCUCCGAGGAGGCUCCAGGGAGCAAGGGGGCCACGGGGACCACCCGGGGCCAGGGCCGGCAGAGCCGGCGGCAGCCCUGCGACGCCCACAGCGGUGGGCAGCGCCCGGCAGGACUGACCUACGCCGGCCUGCCACCCAUCGGGCGCGGGGAUGACAUCGCCCACCACUGCUGCUGCUGCCCCUGCUGCCACUGCUGCCACUGCCCUCGCCUCUGCCGCUGCCACAGCUGCCGCUGCGUCAUCUCCUAGCCCAGCCCCUGCCGGGCCGAGGGGCCUCCCGCAGGACCCCAGCGUGGCUCAGGCAGCCACAGCGGCGCCCACGUGUUUGGGGCAGCCACCGGACCCCGGUCGUGGGAGGUGGCCACUUUCCACCCUGGACAGGAGUACCUACCCGCCACAGAGGCCAACAGCCCAGCUCCGGCCCCUUGAAACAGAGCCCGGGGCACUGGCUGUAAUGGCAGCCCCGGGGACACCCUUGACCACCUCCCUCAGGGCCCGCAGCCCCGGCAAUAAAUCAGAGUGACCUUUG